GUAUCAGAAAAACUGCAUAUUAUGUGCCAUCUAUGGAUUAAAUGCCUGGCAACUUGGAUAUUAUUGAAGAGAUUUAAUGGAGUUCAUGUUAUGCAGGCCAAAGCUCCAAUGUAUCCUAAUGAGCCUUUCCUUAUAUUCUGGAAUGCACCUACUACCCAAUGUCAGAUGCGCUAUGAGGUGGAUUUAGACCUGAAGAUUUUUCACGUCAUACCAAAUGCCAAUGAGUCUUUAAGUGGGUCUGCUGUGACAAUAUUUUAUCCUACCCAGUUGGGGGUCUAUCCCCAUAUUGAUGACCAUGGGCAUUUCCUCAAUGGAAUUAUACCACAAAAUGAAAGCCUCAGCAAACAUCUCAAUAAAACAAGAUCGGAUAUCAAGCGUAUGAUCCCGCUGAAGACAUUUCAUGGACUUGGAGUCAUUGACUGGGAAAACUGGAGACCCCAGUGGGUUAGAAACUGGGGUAGUAAAAAUGUUUACAGAACCAGAUCUAUUCAAUUUGCUAAAGAGUUGCACCCACAAUUGUCCGAAGCUGCAAUCAAGAAAUUAGCUAAGGACGAAUAUGAAAAAGCUGGGAAGAGUUUCAUGAGAGAUACACUUUUACUAGCUGAAGAAAUGCGACCAGAUGGAUAUUGGGGCUACUAUCUUUAUCCAGAUUGCUAUAAUUAUGAUUAUAAGAAGCAACCUGAUCAAUACACAGGCAAAUGUCCAAAUAUUGAAAUUUCACGGAAUGAUGAACUACUUUGGCUAUGGAGAGACAGUACUGCCCUUUUCCCUUCUAUAUAUCUUGAAAUCAUAUUGAAAUCAAGUGCCAAUGCUCUGAAAUUUGUUCACCAUCGCCUUAAGGAAUCAAUGCGCAUUGCUUCCAUGGCUAGGAAAGAUUAUGCCUUGCCUGUUUUUGUAUAUGCCAGGCCAUUUUAUGCAUAUACCUUUGAACCUUUAACAGAGGAAGACUUGGUGACUACAAUUGGUGAAACAGCGGCCAUGGGAGCAGCAGGAAUGGUCUUUUGGGGAAGCAUGCAAUAUGCCAGUACUGUUGAUUCCUGUCAGAAAGUGAAAGAUUACAUGAAUGGUCCAUUCGGACAUUAUAUCAUUAAUGUGACUUUUGCAGCCAAGAUUUGCAGCCAUGUCCUUUGCAACAAAAAGGGAAGAUGUGUUCGUAAACAUAGUGAUUCAAAUGCCUUUUUGCACUUGUUUCCUGAAAGUUUUAGGAUCAUGGUGCAAGCCAAUUCCACAGACAAAAAAGUGAUUGUGAAAGGAAAACUGGAGUUGGAGAAUUUGCGGUACCUAAGAAGUAAAUUUAUGUGUCAGUGUUACCAAGGCUGGAUAGGACUAUUUUGUGAAGAGCAUUAUAUAAAAGAAGAAAAUUAA